AUGAGCAAGAAGAUAUUGGCACUUCAUGGGCUUGCACAGUCGGGCGACUACUUUAAAUCCAAGACAAAGGGACUGAGGAAUGAAAUUGAAAAGCUAGGAUACGAGCUGGUCUAUGCAACUGCUCCAAACAGCCAUUCGCCUGCCGAUAUUCCUGAUGAUAUAGGUGACGUUGUAACCAGCGGGGACGAUAAUCAUGUGUUAGCUUGGAUUGAGAAUGAUCUGACGAACAAGACUUAUAAGCUACCUCAAACAAGUAUAGACUACCUACACGAAUUUGUGAUAGAAAAUGGGCCUUUUGUCGGCGUUCUUGGGUUUAGCCAAGGUGCCGGUGUUGCUGGCUACCUGAUGACGGAUUUCAAUGGUCUUCUGAGCUUGACUGAGGAACAACAACCUCCUUUGCACUUCUUUAUGUCAUUUAGCGGGUUCAGGUUCCAACCAGAUUGCUACCAAAAACAGUAUGAUGACCAUCCAAUUGCAGUUCCAUCUCUCCAUGUUCAAGGCGACCUGGAUACCAUCACUGAACCAUUCAAAAUCGAAGCUCUCUAUAACUCUUGUAAGCCAGAGACAAGAACUUUCCUAAAACAUGCUGGGGGCCAUUAUGUGCCAAAUUCGAGAGGGUUUGCCAAGAAGGUAGUCGAGUGGCUACAAGAAGUUGAUACGGAGUAG